AUGCAAAGGUCCGGCACAGGGAGGGAAGCAGGUGGGACGAAGCGAGACUCAGAACGCGCACCUAGUUCGCUGGGCCGGAGGGAAGACGACGCCGUCUUCGGUUCGUUCGCCAACGUCGGAGCUGCGGCGACCGUGAAUCGGAACCGGCUGGAGGAGUUGAGGACCUCCGACGGCCUUCAACUAUUUCCCGUCAAUUUUGCAGAAGAUCAAACUGGAGCCCGACAAAACUCAGAAGAUGGAAACAAAUUUCAAUCACCUAGUGACAAUGGAGCACUGACCGAAAUAUCUCGAGAGGCUGUUGGAAAGCUUCUACGCCGUGCUAAUAAAGUUGGCACUUCCCGGAAAAAAAAGACAGCUGAGUUUGAGCCUGAACAAAAUGGAACCCAAGUCUUGGAUCCAGUGCUUCAACCAAAAACUUCAGAGGUUGGACAUUGUAGUAGAAAUCCCUUGGGAAAUGCUUCUGCUGGAGAGAAAUGUAGUAGUUCAGGUCAGGACCACUUGGAUAACAAGGAAGAGCUGGAUGACUCCGAUUGGGAAGAUGGUGUAAUUGCCAGUGAUGAUCAUCCUGUAACAAUUGAAUUGAAUAUGACCCCACAUUCAACUGUACAGAAACAAGUCCGACGAGCUUCUGCCGAGGAUAAGGAGUUGGCUGAACUUGUACACAAGGUUCAUUUGCUUUGUUUACUCGCACGAGGAAGAUUAAUAGACAAUGCUUGUGAUGAUCCUCUUAUUCAGGCUUCUCUGCUUUCUCUACUUCCAGCAUACUUGCUCCAGCUAUCAAAUGUUGAAAAACUCACUUCAAAAGCUCUAUAUCCUUUAAUAUCAUGGUUCCACAAUAAUUUCCAUGUUAAAAACUGUACGAGUCGAGAAACUUCACCAUGCUUUGGUUUGGCAUCAGCUUUAGAAUUACAUGAGGGCAGUCCUGAAGAGAUUGCAGCAUUAUCAGUGGCUCUAUUAAGAGCUUUAAAUCUUACAGCCAGGUUUGUGUCCAUUUUGGAUGUUUCUCCUCUUAAACCGUUUCAAGUUGCAAGUGGAUCUAGUUGUGGGAUAUUUAAAACUUCUACACCAAUGAUAUCUAAGCGAAAAUUGGAUUUUAAAUCACCUCAAGAAUCAUUAUCUUGUCGUGAGGGAGAGAAUGUUUGUGAAAGUUCUCUUGCCCCUUCGCAGAAAAGUAAGAAAUGUCGUGUGACAAAGCACAUGGAUCAGUCUAGAGAUCUUCCUAUUUUUGAAGUAAGAAAUGAUAGUGUUGCAAACUUGAAAGCUUCUGAGACACAAGAUAGUAACCUGGAAUCGUGUCUCACUGACAAAUCUCGUAAAUCAAAGAGGAAAGGAGAUCUUGAAUUUGAUAUGCAGUUGGAAAUGGCUCUUUCUGCUACAGCCGUUGAAUCUAAGGAGAGUAAAAACAAGUCAGCUGCAAAUCCUGAGUCUUUGUGUUUUUCUUGUCCAUCCAAAAGAGUGAAAAGGGUUACCGGUGAAGAAUCUUCAACCUCCUCUCAAGUAAUUUCUACAGCAAUUGGAUCAAUGAAAGUAGGAUCUCCUCUGUAUUGGGCAGAAGUAUAUUGCAGUGAAGAAAAUUUGACAGGAAAGUGGGUGCAUGUUGAUGCUGUGAAUUUGAUUAUUGAUGGAGAGGACAAGGUUGAGGCCAUGGUGGCUGCAUGCAAAACAUCUUUGAGAUAUGUUGUUGCCUUUGCUGGGCAAGGGGUCAAAGAUGUGACCCACAGGUUUGAUAUUUUCUCUAUAUGUGUUAAGUAUGAUAAAGUGAAGUUUUUUGAACUUUUAUAUUAUUGCCUAACUUGCUUUGUUAUUUGUUUUUGGGAAUUUCAAAUAUUCUUAGAAAUUAAGAAUGAAUUAUUUAUGUUUCUUGGAGAUCAAACAGAAAUUCUCUCUCAAUACUUCUUGGAAACUAACUGAAGGACAAUAGAUGACAAGUUUUGCAGUGAAUAAGCACUGUAGGAUCAGUUAUAGUAACAUAGAUUGUAAUAUACUAUUUUUUAUUAACUCUCACUCAAGUGAGAGGAAUACAUGGGGAAAUCCUGUUCACUAAAAUAUCCAUGUUCUCACUGAAUACUUCUUGGAUACUAACAGAAGGACAAUAGAUGACAAGUUUUGCAGGAAUAAGCACCGUAGGAUCAGUUAUAGUAACUGAGAUUAUAACACACUAUAAUUAUUUUAACUUUCAUUCAAGUGAGAGGAAUACGUGGGAAAUCCUGUUCACUAAAAUAUCCAUGUUUACUUUGGUCACAUACACAAUGAUACGAAAAAACAAAAUACUUCCUUAGACAUUGGAGGGAUUAGUUUAAGGCUAAUAACUUGAGCUGCUGAAUGGGUUUCUAAAUUAGGAAAGGAAACAUGGUGUGAAGACACAAGUGAAUGCCUUUUUAUAAUUUUACCUUGAUAGAGUAAAAAUUUUGAGGGAACAGGUGGGAAAUCUGGGGGCCAAAAUGAGACUUUUUUUAAAGCCUAAUCUAACUCAAAUCAAUUAACUCAUUUGCUAUGCAUUAAAUAAAAUUUAUACAGAACAUCAUAAAAAAUAGUUUCAAUUUUGAGUGUUGUGCGGCACUGGUAAAGUAGAUCAGAAGAUUUAUUCUCGUUUAUAUUUGAAAAUAUACUACAAAGAAUUCUUGAAAUUACUAUUCCAAUGUAAAUGUCCAAAAGCUCUCCAUAAAGGCUUUCUUUAAGGUUUAGAUAGAAGAUAAGUAUUAACUUUUAAAAUCAGGGAAUGUAAUUAACUUCCAAGAAUUCAGUGGAGUUACAUGGCAGAUACAAUACCAUGGAAAACAAGUUGGGUGAUGCGCCCAGAGUUUAAUUGUCAAUUUCAACUGUUUGAUGCAAAUAUUUCUCAACAAAUUGUAGUAUAAUUGGCUGAUUUGAAUCAGUCUCUAAAAAAUCAUCCAAAUAUGAUGACCAUAAUUAAAGUUUAUUUAGUGCUCAACCACACCACCCAACUGUUUUGUUAACAGUGAAACCUGAUUCAGAGGGUUGGGG